AUGGUAAUUUUUAAUCUGGAUGAAAACAAUGGAAACUCUAAGACUAAUAAUAAAGAAACAGCAAUGGAAUUACUGAAAACCAUUUUGCCAGAUCAUGAUUUAUCGAAAGAUAAAACAGACAUUUUCAGAUUGAGCAAACGCUGGCCAUUAACAGUUAGUAUGACAACGAAGAAAUGUUACUGCAACCUCCAAGUUUUUAAAGCGGAGCAGGGCAUCGUAGAGAGGUUCCUGAGAAGGCAUGAUACAACGGCUGCCGUAGUGCAAACCACACCUGCUCCGGCGGCAGUCGAAACUGUACCGACGAUAACUGAAAAGAUUGUAGAACGUACUGAACCACCGAAACCAAAGAAGAAAAAAAUUCUCAUUAUAAAGGAAGUCUUAAGACUAGAGAUUGAUAGGCUGAUGGAGAUGAUAAGAAUGUCAAGAAAAUCUUCUAGGAAGCCUUCAAAACCGGUCAAAGAAAGGAAAAAUCAAAAAUGUUUUUUUUCGGCACAACAUAAAUUGAACUGCGAUAAAGAGAAAUCAAUCGAACGACAUGAAAGAUUAGAAAAAAGAAAAGCAAGAAAGUUCUUCAAUUACGUCAGAGAUAUGAUUUUAAUCAUAUUCUCAACAUGCGGUUUCGGUGCAACAGUUGGAUUCCUUGCUGCCAGUAACAUGAAGUUUCAAUUAUUUCUCACUUAUUUAUCCAUUUAUUGUGGAUUAUUGGCAAAAAGUGGGAGUCGCGUCGGAGAUCACAAGGUAGCCGUUGAAUACAGUAACAUUAUUAAAUACAAUACCAUUGAAUACAAUACCAUUAUGUUAUGA